UGAUCUCUUCAAAUUUUGAAUAAACUUAUAUUCCUAAUGAAAGUUAAAAACGAAAGCGGGGGGAAAAAAGUAGGGCACAUCUGGUUUUACUCACAAAGCUUUUUGUGCUGACAUACGCACAGUCAUAUGGAGGGGAUUAAAAGGUUUUGGAUAAAUACCAGGUUUCUGUGUUUGUGCAAUACAUUUCUUAUAAUGGAAUUCAUGGGGACCAAUGCACAGAUGAGGCUUUCUCUAAAAAUAAACAGUCCGUGUCUAGGUUCUCAGUUUCCUGACUGUAGGUCUGACGUCAUGUUGAAGCAAAGCAGAGGGGACGUGCAACUCCAGCCAACUUUCGGCAGGAUCAAGCCUGAGACAAGAGCCGCCCCCUCAGCUCCCCCUAUCCUUUCUCACAGUCAACAGGAAAGACAGGGCCAGAACUCUUGAGAGAGCCGGGAGAGAAGAGACGAAGAGAAGAACAUCAUACAGAAGAUCGCACUAGAUGUCCAACAAUCUUCCCCCACAGGACAAAAUGGACACGCAAAAACUGAGGGCUGAAAUCAGUCCUCGAGUGUCCAAGAACUCUGCACAGCGCCUAAGCAGGGAUCUCACCUGCUCCAUCUGCCUGGACCUGUUCAAGCGCCCGGUUUCCUUGCCCUGCGACCACACUUUCUGCGAGGCCUGCAUUACAAGUUACUGGAGCGGCCCUCGUGGAAAAGGCCAGGGUGGGUCUGGUUCCUGUCCUCAGUGCCGGAAAGUCUUUCCAGGCCAGAGCUACAGACCCAACCGCAUCGUGGCCAACAUCGUGGAGAGCUACUGCCAGGGGAUCGAGGAAAGUGGGGGUCGGCUGACCGGGUUGUCAGCAGACACGGUUCCUCCGACCCCACUUUGCAGCCGACACAGAGAAGAGCUGAAGCUGUAUUGUGAGGAAGACCAGGAGCUGGUGUGUCUGGUGUGUGGGAUCUCUCAGGAUCACCGGGCUCACACGCUGGUGUGCGUGCAAGAUGCACAGCAGAGAUAUCGGGCUUCCCUAACCACUUCAGCAAAUGCUCUUCAAAAGGAGCUCAACACUGCUCUAGAGUGUGAGAGAGAGACUGAAGAGGAGGUGAAGAAACUGAAGGACCACACUGCAGAUCUGAAGCAGAGAAUCGAGGCACAGUUCAGCGAGCUUCACCAGGUCCUGUACCAGGAAGAGAAACUCCUGCAGGUCAAGCUGAAGACGGAGGAACGGCGAGAGCUGAUAAGGCUGGAUGAGCACAAGGCCCUGCUCAGUGUGGAGAUAUCACGCCUGCGCAGAGCUAUGAAUGACAUCGAGGACAAACUCAGGAAACAGGAUCCUUACACUCUACUCAGGAGUAUAAAGGGCUUGCUUCAAAGCAGGCAGCCACCGAAGUUUGAGAAGCCGGCGCUGACGCCACCCAGACUGUGUGAGGGCCGCUUUGCUGGGCCCCUGCAGUACAGAGUGUGGAAGUCACUGAAGGGAAGCAUCUAUCCAGUUCCCUCAGCCAUCACAUUUAACUCCAAAACAGCCAACCCCUGGCUCAGUCUUACAUCUUCGCUUACCUGUGUGCGCUACCAGACCUUUAACAACGUGGUGCAGGACAAUCCACAGCGAUUCAAUGCCGCGCUGUCUCUCUUGGGCAGUCAAGGGUUCACUAAAUGCCGCCACUACUGGGAGGUGGAGGUGUACAGCAGCACCGUGUGGACCGUGGGAGUCGCUCGUGAAUCCGUCACGAGAAAAGGCGUCAUCAAUACCAUGCCUGCCAAUGGCUUCUGGACGCUCUCACUAUCGUAUGGAGUUCAGUAUAUGGCCGGGACGUCUCCACCAACAUUGCUGUCUUUGGAAGAGCCACUGGCGAGGAUCGGCGUGUAUCUGGACUACAAAAGAGGCCUGGUGUCCUUCUACAAUGCAGAGAGCAUGACGCACCUCUACACCUUCAAGGACAUCUUCGCCGAGACCCUCUACCCUUAUUUUAACCUGGGCUUCCUGGAUAAAGUGCAUGAAAAUGAGCCUCUUAAAGUGUUCCUACCUAAAAUCUGAUUUUUUUUUCAUGUUUUCUUUAAUAAUAUUAAUAUUUAUUUUUUAUAUAAACACUAGGCUGGACCUGGAUAUUUUAAGUUAAGACUUUUUGUUUCCGAGACUUGCCAUUUCCAAAAAAAAAAAAAAACUUUAAAAAAAUGACAUAUGCAAAAUUGCAUAUGACUAUACUAUCUUAACAUUACAGUGGGUUAGUGGAGGCACAUGAAGAUGAAACAAAAUCUUCAAAAAUGGUUGGCAACCAUGGCUUAUGACCCUUUCCCACGUUAAAGGAUUUUAUUUUAGACUACCAGGCAUAAGUUACCCCAUUACCUGGCAGAUAUCAUAUAUUCUACACGUUUCUGUGAUAUUCGAUUUUAUAAACAAAGGGGUGAGGAUUUGGCUGGUCAGCAUGGUCAAGCCAGCCCCUGCUGGUAGAUGUGGUAACUACACUGUUGUGAAAGCAAAAAGCUUUUUUUCCCCCCAUUGACAGCCAUUCAAAAUUGGCUGUGUAUUUUUAUAUUUUUAGCAAGCAACAUAUAAUCAUAAAAUAUACAUAAAAUAUUUCAGUAUAGAGGAUGUUUAACCAGUAACUGAUGUUUUUUUAGAUGAUCCUGAAAGUGGACUUAUAUUUUCCUCAAUAUGCUGCCUUUGACGUCACAUCUCAGGACUAUCACUAGUGAGGGGUUUAUGCAUGUUCUUGCGCCAUCAGCCAAUCAAAAGAGUUAUUAGUGACCAAAGAUGGACACAAGCAUACUUCCACUGUCACCGAGAUAAAUGGGAAUGCUGACUGACACAUGUGUUACGGACCUCACUGUCUACACGAUCCUUAUUCAAAUCCCGCAGAGAAAGAGAAAAUAUACACUUGUAAAACACAAGAGAUCACAUUAGGCUAAGUCAGUGGUUCUCAAACCUCUCCAUGAAGUACCCCCAGCAGCACUGCACAUUUUGUAUGUCUC